AUGGCCUCCGUUACUUCUAUUGUCAAGCUCUCUGACUUUAUAUUAUCCAGACCAACCUUAUCCAAGAUUGUUGUUCCAGCUGCCAAGGCCUUUUGUGCUUAUGCUGGGUACAGAGAAAUGGGAUUAAAAUACAACGAUUUAAUUGCUGAUGAAAAUCCAAUUGUUGAAAAAGCUAUUUCAAGACUUCCAGAACAAGAAGUUUAUGCUAGAAACUAUAGAAUGAUCACUGCUCAUCAAUUAGCAUUAUCCCACCAAUUACUCCCACCCAAAAAGGCUGUUCAACCUGAAGAAGAUACUAAUUAUUUGAUUCCAUACAUUUUAGAAGUUGAAAAAGAAGCAUUUGAAAAAGCUGAAUUAGAUAACAUUCAAGUUUCUAAAUAA